AUGAAAGUCAUCGUAACCGGCGCAACAGGCCUCGUAGGCCACCAAGUCCUCAAACAAUGCAUAUCCACCCCCAACAUCACGCACAUCUACGCCCUCUCCCGGAAGCAACUCCCCGACGACGUCGCCACCAACGCCAAAGUCACAGUCAUCACACGACGACUUCACCUCGUACCCUGCAUCCCUACUAGACCAGGUCUCCGAUGCAGAAGCAUGUGCAUCGGCGGCAUGGUUCAAAAGUUUCCCUCCGUAGAGGCCUGCAAGCUCGCCAACGUGACGUCCACCCACGCCGCUGCCAAAGCUCUCGCAGAACAAGUCGCUCCAAAGUUGAAAGAGGGAAAAAAGUUUCGAUUCGUGUUUUGCAGUGGCAUGAUGACGGAAUGGGAUCAGGAGAAGCGGCUGUUGUUUUUGAAUGAUUCGCGAAAGAUAAAGGGCCAAGCUGAAAAGGGCUUAUUUGAUAUACAGGACACGCAUCCGGAUUGUUUUGAGGUCUAUUGUCCCCGACCGAGUGGGAUUCAUGAUGUGGGCGCAGGAAUGGUGGAGCGCAUGGUUGGGAAGUUGUAUUCGGGCAUUGGUGUGGAUGAGGUUGCGAGGGCGAUGACUUCGAUUGCGGUGAAUGGGUAUAAGGAGAAGAUUAUUCCGAGUGAUGUUUUGAAGGGGAUCAAAUAG